AUGAAUAAUGAUAAUAUUGGGAGAGAGCCUAUAGAUGUUGUUUAUGAUAAAAGGUUUAGUAGCAGAAUUAAACCAAAAACUAAAAAGAAGAAAAGGAAUGAAAACAGAAUGCGAUUAGUUCGAAUACAACAUUAUAUUUAUAAUAUAUUUACAUCAUUUUUGUGUUUAUUUAUUGUGAUAUUAAUUUUAUAUGCUUCUAUAGAUAUAUCAAUAAAUUAUGGGCCAGUAAUAAUAUUAUAUAUAUUAAUAUUAGAAUUGGGUAGUAUGCUUAUAUCAUAUAUUUUAUUACAAUUCCCUUUUUUUUAUCGUAAAUUAAAAAAUACAUUUAUGAGAGCUCGUAAUAUUAACAAAUAUUCACAUCAAUAUAGACCUCUGUAUUAUGAUAACAAUUCAUUUACCGACGAAAACGAAUCAUUUAAUAUUUCUGAUGAUGAAAAAAAGGAAAAAAGAAAAAGGAAACAUACUUAUUCUUUUAUGAGUUCUGAUGGAGGAAGAAAACGAAGUAAUUUCAGAAGAUUUCUUUCUUCUUAUAAGUCAAAAAAAGGAAAUGAAUUUGUAAAUAGUAAAACCAUGAAAAAUAAAACAAAAAAAAAUACAAGAAGGAAAGGAUUUCUUAGUUUUAAUUGGAUAGGAUAUAAGAAUGGGGAAACUAAUAAAAAUAGGAAUGACAAUAUUGUAAAUGAUGUAUAUAAAAAAUAUAAUGAUGAUAAUAAAUAUAAUGAUGAUAAUAAAUAUAAUGAUGAUAAUUAUAAUGAUGAUGAUAAUAAAUAUAAUGAUGAUGAUAUCUUAAAUAGCCAUAGUGAACAAGAUCAAAGAAAAAAAAAAAAAAAAAAAAAAGAGAAGCGCAUUGUUGUGUUUCCAAGAAAUGAUACAGGAGGAAAUAGUUUUAAAAGAGAAAGUAUCUAUAUAGAUGAUUGUAAUAUGUGGAUGAAAAAAACAAUGAGAAAAAGUAAUCGGCCAAAUUUUAAAUUAACUAGAUCUCUUAGUUUCAAUAUUAAUAUGAAUAAAGAUGAUGAUUUGAUGAUGAAAGAUUCUGCUAGUUUAGAUAAUAUACAAAUAUUUUUAGGACAUCGAUCUAGUAAAUUUUUAAGAGAAAAAAAUAAAUUACAAAAAAGAAAAACAUCUAUAUAUAAUAAAUAUGUACCAUUAACAUUUGCAUCAUCUUAUAAAGAUGAUUUUUUUAAAGAAAUUUUGAAAUCCCAAACGGAUGGUAUUAUAUCUUCAAGUUCUGAUUAUUCUUCGUCAAGUGAAGAUUCUAAUAAAAAUGUUUAUAAAACGAUAUAUAUUAAUAAUAAUAAUAAUAAUGUUGAUAAGAAAGGAAAAAUAGAUGAAGAAGACAAUAUUGUGGUUAGAAAUAAUAUUCAUUCAAAUGAAAAUAUUAUAAUAAAAGAGAAUCCAUAUAGUUUGAGGAAUGCUAUAUUAUUUCAUAAAGAAAAAAGAAAAUAUAGAAAAAAUAUAAAUACUUUAUCUGAUGAUGAUAAUAAGAAUUUUGCUUUUCAUAGUGGAAAAAAAAAAAUAAAAAGAAAAGAAAAGAAAAGAAGAUGUUUUAUAAAAUUAAAAUGUUUUAAUAAAAUCAAGAAUUUAUAUCGUUUCUUUAUCAAUUAUAAUAUGAAAUCAUCUAAAUCGUCAAAUAAUUUAUAUUUAUUUUUUAGAGGUUUUUAUAUUUAUACAAAACAUCGAUUUGUACAUUAUUUAUCAUAUGAGCCAAUAUGGAUUGUAGCUAUAUUAAUAAGAAUUGUUUUAUGGUGUAUAGUAUGGAUAUGGGCAGCAAGUUAUAUGGAAAGGAAACCAAAGAAUUUUGAGAUAACAGAAUGGAAUAUGAAAAAUGUACCAUCCUUUUAUGGAUAUAUAGAAUGUACAUUUCAAUGGUGUGGUGUUUUUGAUUAUUUUUUUGGUUUAUAUUUUUCUAAUAAUAAAUUAAAAUAUAUUUUUUCCUUUUUCUCGUUAAUUGAUUUUAUAACAACACCUGUAUCAUCAUUAAUUAUGAAUUUCUUUGUGCAGGAUAAUAUUAAUCAUAAUUAUUGGUUUUUAAUAUUAGGACCUUUACGUUUUUUACGUUUAGUAAGAGCGGAGAGUACCAUUAGUUCAUGUUUUUUUUGGUUGAAUGAUGUAAAGAUAAUAAUUAUAGGAAUAAUAAUAUUAGCCUUGGCUAUUUUAUUUACUUUUUCAGGUAUCAUGUAUAUAUUAGAAGCACCAGAUAUUGAGCGAGAUUUUGUCAAGCCAUUAGAUUUUGUAUAUUUUGGUGUUAUAACUAUGUCUACUGUAGGAUAUGGAGAUUAUACUCCUGUAACAAAAGCUGGGAAAUUCUUGACAAUGUUUAUUAUAAUUACAUGUAUUAGUUUUGUUGCUGCUCAAUUUAAAAGAUUAAAAGAGGCAAUGUUUAGUCCUAAAACUGUUAUGGGUAUAAUACCAAAGCAAGAUGAUGAUUAUAUUUUAAUAUUAGGACCUGUAAGUCCAACUCAAUUAUUAUAUAUAUGUAAAGGUAUAAAUAAUAGUUUUCCUAAUUCAGUAGAAUCUAUAUUCUUAUUUACACCUUUACCCGUUGUUAUAUAUCGAUAUGUAUAUGGAAGUAUUGUAAAGAAUACGAAUAUAAAAAUUUGUAUAAGUGGAGGGAAUGAAUGUUUUAUUUGCCCUAGUAUUAUAUAUGAUGCUGUAAUAAAUUCCAGAGCUUUAUAUAUUUUGAAUAAUGUAGAUUCUGAAAAAUAUACUUUAAUGUAUCAACAGAUAUUUUUGGCUAGUAAUAAUAUAAAUUUUAAUAAUCAUGAUCAUCAGAAUCAAAGAAUUAGUUCUGAUGAUAUUUUACAUAAUAAUAUUAUUAAUAAAUAUUCAAAGGACAAAACAAAAAAUUGGAAAUACUCUGAUUUGUUUUCAGAAUAUAAAAACGAAAUUAAUAAAAAUAAUAUGUUAAAUCUUGAAAUGAACAUUAAUAUUAAUAAUUCAUAUUCUAUCAAGGAAAAAGAUGAUCAAGAAUGUUUAUUAAGGUUUAUAGGAACUUAUAAUAUUUGUAAUUCCUUAAUACCUAUUACUUUACAAUUAUCUAAUAAUACAUAUGAAGAAUUAAUAAAAUCAAUGAAUGUCUAUAAUUAUAUAAGUAUUGAGGAAUUAAAAUAUGCCCUACUAGCCAAAAGUGUUAAUUGUAAAGGUUUGUUCUUUCUUAUCAUCAAUUUUUUUUAUAAGCCUAAAGCGGUCAAGAGUUUAAAAAAAUAUAUUAUAGAUUUGAAGUUGUUAAUGUAUAAUGGAAUGUUAAGAAGAAAAAAUAGAGAACGAUUAAGUAGUAGCAAUUUAAAAAUUAAGCAGCCAUCACAACAGAAAAGCAGGAAAGGAAAUUUGAUAAAUAAAAUUAGUUUGUUUUUCAAAAAAGGACAAAACCAUCAACUUGAUGCUGAAGGUAUAAGUCAUGAUGAGAAAAAUAAUAGUAAUACAAGUCGUACUAGGGGUAACAAUAGGAAUGAUCAUAUGGAUCCACAAAUUAAAGGAAAGGGAGUCUUCGAAAUGAACCAAAAGGAACAAAAGCAGGUAAUGCUUAAGGAAGGGAUGAAUAAAAAUAUGAAUAAAAAUAUCAUUAAAGAUAUGGAAAAAAAUAUGAAUUCAAAUGGAAAGGAUAAUAUUAAUGAUAGUAUUAAUGAAAGUAUAGAAAAGAAUGAUCUUUUUUUUUUAAAUUCUCUAGAUCCAAAUGAUGAUCGAAAUAUACAUAACCUAAGUUAUAAGAAUUAUUAUUACAUGUUAGAAAAGGUUAACUUAAAUAUGUACUAUUAUUUAGAAGGAUUGAAAUAUAAUAUAUACAGAUUUCAAUUUCCUGAAUGUAUGAGAGGUUUUCUUUUUCAAACAGCUUCUGAAUAUUUAUAUCAGAAAUAUAGUGCUUUUCUGAUUGGUAUUAUAACAAUAAAUAAAGAAAUAUUUUUAAAUCCAGUUAAUUAUAUUAUAGGAGAAGAAAAUAAAUAUUUUUAUACUUCUGCAUUUUCUGGUAUUAUAUUAACAACUAGCUUAGAUAGUUUAAUAAAAUUAUCUUCUAUAAAUAAUAUAUCAAAAAAGGUUUAUGAAUAUAAUAAAAGAUUAAUUGAGGAAAAAUAUAAAUCAACCUUUUCAAAAAGUUGGAUUAAUUCUGAUGAUGAUCAUCAUAAUAGUGAUCAUAAGAAUUUCGUGACAAACACACAAAUAAAAGAAACUCAAAUAGAUGGAGAUGAAGUUAAAAUUGUCUUGACAAGUCAUGAUGAUUCUCUACAUCCUUCUGAUCGUUCCGUCAAAAAUCGCAAAAACAGUAUGAAGAGUAUAUACAAUCAAAAAAAAAGUAACCUUGGGGACCAAAAAAAAAAAAAUAGAAAUCAAGAUGAUAGGACGGAACAUCAGGUUGAUGAUAACAACGAUUCUGAUUAUUUACAAAUUGAAAGUGUACCAAAAAAGAAAAGAAAUAUGUAUUAUAGUCUCGUUUUAGGUAUAUGCGAAUUGGAGAAUUACAUAUCAGCAUAUAAAGAUGCUUUUGUUGAUAAGGAUAAACCAUUACUACUAGUAUGUGGGUGGCCAGAUAAUAUACACAUGUUUUUUAAAUACUUGAAGAGAAACGUAUAUAAUUCUUCAUAUAGGAAUAAAAAUAAUAGUAACAUUCACACAUAUGAUAAUAAUAAUAAUAAUAAUAAUAAUAAUAAUAUAUAUAGCAAGACAGUAAAAAACAAAAAAGGGAAAAGAAAAAAAAUGAAAAAGUUAAAUGAUGAUAUAAAAUAUAAUAUUAUCAUUUUAUCAUUACAUGUCCCAAAAUUUAAUUAUGAAAAUGAUCUUUUUAAUUAUUCAGAAAAUGUCGUAUUCAUAAGAGGUUCCCCUUUAAAUAGUUAUAAUUUAAUACAAGCUGGUGUUUUUUAUGCAAAGAGAAUUAUUAUAUUAAAUUCAAACCAUAGUUUAUUUAUUGAUAAAGAUGCAUAUAGAAUAGAUAACGAAGUAAUAAUUAUUAAAAAUAUUGUAAAUCAAUUAUUUAAUUAUAUAUCUAAAAAUAAAGAGAAUUACUUUAACUUAUUAAGGAAGACGUUUCCAAAAGAAUACAUCGAUAUAACAAUUAAUGAACGAAUAUUUUUAAACGACAAUAUUAAUAACAGUCCAAAUAUAAAUGAAAUGAUAAAGGGUAAAAUGUCAGAUUCGAGUUACGAUUCUCUUGAUGAUAAUUAUUCAUCAGAUGACGAUUCGUCAUCUUCAAAUUAUGAUGAUGAUGAUGAAGAUAAUGAUAAUGAUGAAGAUAAUGUUGAUAAUAAUAAUGACCAUGGUGGAGAAAGCUUAUUAUUAAAAAAAAAAAGGAAAAAGAAAAAUAUGAUUAAGUUAAAGAAAAGAGCACUAAAUGUUAAUAACAUAUUUAAUAUCAAUAAAAACCCUUACUUAAUUUGUUUAAUUAAAAAUUCAGAAAGUCUGGAAUAUAUUGAUGGAAGUAUAAAUUUGUCCUACGAAAAUUAUAACGAUAAUGAGAAAAUGAAUAAAAUAUGGGAAAAUUGUGGUGAAUAUAUAUAUACGUUUGAAUUAGUAUCAGCAAAUAUUUUUGUUCAUGAAAUGUUACACAAUUUAGUUUCCUUUUCAUUACCUAUUAGUAAAUAUGCAAUCGAAUAUUCGGUUAUUUAUUCUUUGAUAGGUAUUGAUAUAAAUGAAUAUUCGAAGAAUGCACAAAAAUUUCAUAAAAAUUUAAAUCUUAGUACAGGAUAUGUUAAUUUAGUACCUAUCCCUUCCUAUUUUUAUAAAAAAAGCUUCUAUAAAUGCUUUUCAUACUUUUUACAUAAUAAACUAUCCUUAUGUAUUGGAAUAUUAAGAUAUAUUGACAUCUCAUCCUUGUCCAAUAAAUCCAAAAAAAUCUUCGUUUUAUCCUGUCCAUCCAGGACGAUGAAGAUUGAACCGCAUGACCAAGCUUAUGUUAUUGCACACAGAAUGUAA